GCGGCUCCCUGGGAUUGCUGCUUUAAUGUCCGCCAUGUUUGCCGUGGCGCAUGUCGCGGACCGACGGCUAAAUUUCGGUUUCUCGGGCUGCGCUCGGUCGGCAUGAGGGGCAUUUCGAGGAGCGCCCGACCGAUCCAGCGGACGGACUCCUUAACUCGCAUCCAUGAGCGGCUGCGGGCGCCCGGCCGCCGAUUUAAGACUGCUUUUGAAGCGCCAUCUUUGUGCCAGUGAGGACCGCUUUUUGUGUAUGUGUGUGUGAAAAAAAAUCAUCCUCGCCGCGGAUAACAGAAGGGGAGGGAUCCCGUUUUCUCUCCCUCUUCGCUCUCUGCGCACAACGAUGAGUAAACUCUCGUUCCGGGCGCGGGCCCUGGACGCCGCCAAGCCGCUGCCCAUUUACCGGGCGAAGGAUCUGCCGGAUCUUCAGGACUGCGUGUCCAUCAACAGGGCCGUGCCGCAGAUGCCGACCGGGAUGGAAAAAGAAGAGGAGUCGGAACAUCAUUUGCAGAGAGCAAUUUCAGCCCAGCAGGUCUUCAGAGAAAAAAGGGAGAAUAUGGUUAUUCCAGUGCCUGAAGCAGAGAGUAAUGUCUCUUACUAUGAUCGUCUAUACAGGGGUGAAUUCAAGGUUCCUAAGCAACUCAUUCAUAUUCAACCUAUUAAUUUAGAUAGUGAACAACCUGAUUAUGACAUGGAUUCUGAAGAUGAGAUCUUAUUCAAUCGUCUGAAUAGAAAAGUAGAGAUUAAACCAUUACAGUUUGAAGAAAUGUUUGACCGAUUGGAAAAGGCUAGUGGAAAUCAGCUUGUAUCUAUUCAAGAGGCCAAACUGCUUUUGAAGGAAGAUGAUUACCUAAUAAAAGCAGUCCAUGAUUACUGGGCAAGGAAGCGCAAAAACUGUAGGGCACCCUCUCUUAUCCCCUGGGUUAAACAGGAGAAAAGAGAUGGUUCCACUAACAAUGAUCCAUAUGUUGCCUUUCGGAGGAGAACUGAGAAGAUGCAGACCAGGAAGAAUCGUAAAAAUGAUGAAGCUUCAUAUGAGAAAAUGUUGAAGCUGCGUAGAGAGUUCAGUCGGGCAGUUACCAUCCUAGAAAUGAUUAAAAGGCGGGAAAAAACCAAAAGGGAUUUGCUUCAUCUUACUCUGGGUGUGGUUGAAAAGAGGUACCACAUGGGUGACUUUGGUGGAGAAGUUAUGAGUGAGCUGAAGACUUUCAAGCAAGAAAAGGUAGUCUCCAACACUCCAGCAUCUCUUCACAAUGGCAAUCAUUACAAAGCACCAGAAAACAAGAUUGUUAAGCAGCAGGCACCACAUCUGAUGACACUUAAAGAGGAAGUUACUGACGCUGUUCGUGUAAAGAAGAAAUAUGUGAAGAAGAAACAUAAAGCUUCAGAGUGUAUUGUUCUACACCAUCAGCCUAGCACAGAAUCACAACCACCCUUAAAGAGGGAUAUUAAGCAGUAUGACUUUCUCAGUUCUGAUGAAGAGUCUUACACCCAGGUUCCUUCUCCAGUAUCAGAGACUGAGGAAGACAGUGACCCUGAUGGGCUUUUUGCUUUCAAGAGGAAAGCUGGUUGCCAGUACUAUGCUCCUCAUUUGGAUCAGAUGAGUUCCAGUCCAUGUCAGACUGCAGAACCAGCUGGGUUAAGUGAGUCGCGUUAUAGAUACUGCUUGACAACACUCACCGUUCCAAGAAGGUGCAUAGGUUUAGCACGGAGGCGCAUAGGCCGUGGGGGAAGGUUUUUGCUAGAUCGCUUAUCCACAGAUCAUGAUCACAUUUUACGGCAAAUUGACCCAGAAAUGCUGUCAUCUCCGUGCUCCCCAGCUGCUUUUACAUCUGAUGACUCAUGGACCAUUUCUUCCAAUAAGGACUUUACAAAUAGACUGUCACUUAGUGAGAUACUAAGCAAUAUUAAAGCUUGCCGAUUACGGCACUUCCAGCCUCGAUUAACCCAGCUUCAGGACAGUGAUAAUCGCUGUACUUCCAAAACGUUAGGACCGAAUGUGAAUAAAAGGAGAAUUCCAAUGUCUUCUAUUUUAUCAUCAAGUAGCAUGAUCACCAGCAGGAAUAGGAUAUCUGGUGGCAUAACGGAAGAACAGUACCACACCCAUCAACAACAACUUGUUCAGAUGCAAAGGCAGCAGUUAGCACAGAUGCAGCGACAACAUUCCUCAAAUAUCUCACAUGGAAGUUCGCAGGGAUCCAGGAUAUCCGACUGCUCCUCAAAAACGCUAGAUUCAGCUAGUGCACACUUUGCAGCAUCAGCUGUUGUUAGUGCUCCUGGACCAAGUCAGUCGGAAGUUUCCAAGGAUGCUGUUGCAGGUCAAACUGCAAACAUCAAUGGUGUUGUUCAGUCUGCAGGCACCUAUAAAAAUCUUCAACCUUCGAAUGUUACUUCAUCCUCCAGUCCUGGAUUAUCUACUGUACAACUUAUAAGAACUGUCAAUCGCACCUCAGCAAAUCAUGUGUUCCCUGCAUUGCGCACAAGCAGUCCUCAGUCAUUUCCUGUGAACAAUUCCUGCAUAGGAACUGCUGUGCGUCUGAACAGUAUGAAUGUGGUUACUCCUGUCAAUGUGCAUCUCAGUGCAAGGACUUCAGCACCUUCUCCUUCUGCCUUAAAGCUGGCCACAGCAGCUACUAGCCUUGACAGGGUGCCAAAGGUGACCCCCGGUAGUGCCAUCAGUAGCUUGGCUAGGGAGAGCAGUGAACCAGAGAGAUUAUUGAACGGUAUUGCAGACAAGACGGUAGCUAUGGAGGUGACAUAAUGAUGUCCAAAGUGCUUCAUCUAAGAUGUACGGUGAUGGAAGCCUUGUAUUCCAGCCAGAAUUUGGAAUAAGGCAUCUGAUUGAUUACAGUUGUUAAAUGUGGACCUGAAUGGUGUCAUUAUCAUAAAUGUAUAAAAAUUGUCUAUAUAAAUGUAAAUUUUGUAAAGUUCAGGUGAUCACUACCUUGUACAAUAGUUUAUUUGUAUCAUCAUAUGUAUUUCUGUUACUUGAAUACUAGAUAUUCAUCAUGCUUUGCACUUGAAAUUACAACAGAAUGAAAAUGACACAAAUCUAUGGGAUCAUGAGCAUGAAAUUGGGAUCCUUUUGUCACUUGUUUUAACUAUUUAUUUUGCCAUGUUUACAUUUUGUAACUUGUACAAAUCAACUUUGUGCUUUUAAAAAAAAAAAUUUAAAGAUAUUUAGGUAGGCCAUGUAAAUCCUUGUCAUUUUUUGUACAUUGUAAAGUUUUCACUCAAUUUUUUUUCUCUCAAAUUGAAUAGAUUGAUGUUUGGUAAAUAUUAAGUGACAUUUCUUUAUCAGACAUUUAAGUCAAGACAAAAAAAAUAGUAUUUUCUAUUGUUUUGGAGGGCGAGGGUAGUGAAACAGAAUUGAAGAUUAUCAACUUCCAUUUUGCUCCUUUUCCUGUGGCUGCAAGGCAAGUAACAGGUUAGAAAGACUGUCUGACUUUUAUGUUUGGACUAGUGUUUUUAUGAGUUUAUACAAUUACUAUUACAUAGGCCUUUUCAACAGUAUUAGUAUUGGAAUGUUAGUGUCAGCACUACAUCAGACAACUUCCUUGUUACUUGAUCUUGUUAAGUGAAAAAAAUGCAGGGAAAUUAAACAUACAUAUCAGAAUAUUUGUUUUGUCUAG